UUUGAUAUUAAUAGAAUUUAAGAAUUGUCAAAUUUAAUUUUUUAUAUUGCAAUUAUAUAACAUCAAAAUGUUGACUCAAAAGUAUCUUCAUUUUAAUAAGAGAAUGUGUGAAAUGUUACGUAAACAAUUAAUAAAUGUAUAUUUUCAUAAUAAAUACAAUCAUUCUAAAGCAACAGAUGUAAAUGAAGAUGAUAACGAAAGGACGACAUAUUUUGGUUUUAAAAAAGUCAAAGAAGAAGAUAAAGCUAAAGAAGUUCAUACGGUGUUCGAAAGUAUUGCAGACAAUUAUGACAAAAUGAACGAUUUAAUGAGUUUAGGUAUUCAUCGAAUUUGGAAAGAUAUAUUCAUUCAAGAAUUAGCACCUACACAUGGAACUCGUUUAUUAGAUUGUGCUGCUGGAACUGGAGACAUAACGUUUAGAUAUUUAGAUUAUUUAAAUAAUACUAAGAAUAUUAAUAACGUUGAAAGUUCUGUAAUGGUAACAGAUAUAAAUGAAAAUAUGUUAGAUGUUGGUAAAAUAAGAGCAGAAAGAUUAGGAUAUACGAAAGAGAAUAAUUUUAAUAUUGAAUGGAAGAAAGAAGAUGCAGAAAAUCUUAGCUUUCCUGAUGAAUCAUUUACAGCAUAUACGAUAGCAUUUGGUAUAAGAAAUGUUACUCACAUUGAUAAGGUGUUAUCAGAAGCAUAUAGAGUACUUGAACCUGGAGGUAGAUUUCUAUGUUUAGAAUUUACUCAUCUAGAAAAUGAUAUGUUACAAUGGCUUUAUGAAAGAUACUCUUUUCAAGUAAUACCAGUGAUGGCUACAUUAGCCAUUGGGCAAUGGGAACCUUAUCAGUAUCUUGCAGAAAGUAUACAGAAAUUUCCAAAACAAGAAGAUUUUAAACAUAUGAUAGAUGUAAGUGGUUUCAGAAAUACCAGUUAUAGAAAUUUAUCUUGUGGUAUAGUAGCUAUACAUUCAGGAUUUAAAAUUUAAAAAUGAUUAAAAUAUGAAUGUAAAUAUCUACAGAGUAACCUGUACACUCAUUAUGUAUAAUUAAUAUUAGAUAAACAGUA